AUGGUCAAGACUACAUAUGCCCUCACGCUUUGUGCCGCCGUCGCUAUGGCGGCGCCAAUGCCUCCGGCUCAGAAUGGUGACGCUGCUGGAACCGACAUGGUGCGCCGGGAUGGCACGGGGAACUUCAUCGGUGCUGGCACCGCCGACGGUGAGGUCAACCACUUGAUUAGCUCGCUGCUGAACCCGCGGGAUGGUGAGCAGGGUAGCGACGCGGCUCCUGCUGAUGCGGGCAAGCCGGCGAGCGCUGGCAAGCCUGCCGGUGAGGGUAAGGAUGGCAAGGGUGGAAAGGAUGGUAAGGGCAAGAAGCCCCAGCCGCCGCAGCACCACAUUAUUAACAGCCUCCCCAUCAUCGGAUCGCUGCUGGGAGGUGUGCCCAAGCGCAGUGUCGAGCCUCGUUCGCUGACCGGCGACCUCAGCAAAUUCCCGAUUCUGGGAGAUAUCUUCGGCGGAGACCAGGCUCACCCAGCCAACACCCCGGAACAGAAGCAGACUCGCUCUGUGAACGGCUUCCCGCUGUACGGUGGCCAAAACUAUGGCCAGAACUACGGCCAGAACCACGGUCAAAACGAGGGUCAGAACUAUGGCCAGAAUGAGGGUCAAAAUGAAGGCCAGAAUGAGGGUCAGAACUAUGGCCAGAAUGAGGGUCAAAAUGAAGGCCAGAAUGAGGGUCAGAAUGAGGGCCAGAAUGAGGGCCAGAAUGAGGGCCAGAAUGAGGGCCAGAAUGAGGGCCAGAACGAAGGCCAAAACGAGGGCCAGAACUGGCUGCAGAACUAUGGUCAGAAUAAGGGCCAGAAUGAAGGCCAGAACCACCGCCGGGACGAGGGCGCCACCCCCAGCAUUGGUGGCAUCACCGGCCUUCUGAAGGCUCUGACCAACGGCAAGCCCAUGGCCCAGAGCCACCGCCGCAGCGAGAACCUGAAUGCACUGAGUGAGAAGAACUUCGGCAGCAUCAGUGGUGCCAUCACCGGUGCCAUGGACACCGGUCUCGAGACUGGCAAUAGCGUCGCGGACAGCGUGAUCCCGGUCCGUCGCUCGACUCCUACCUCUGAGACCUCUGAGACCUCUGAGACUCCUUCCUCGGCCUCGGCCUCGCCUUCGUCUAGCGGCUCUGCCCCCGCUAACCCCCUGAAGGAACUGGCCGAGCAGAGUGGUCUUGCUGGUUUGUUUGGCAACUCUCAUCACGGUGUUGGUAUUAUCCCGAUUAACAAGCGUGAUAAGCACGAGCACGAAACUCGCAGCUCGCCGAUCCAGGGUGCUACCCUGCCUGAUGUUCUGUUCAAGGGUGGUAUUCUGGGUAAGGUGAGCCACAUGCUGUCUACCCCUCUCGGUGGUAAGCCUGCUGCUCCUGCCGCUGGUGGUGCUCCUGCCGCUGGUGGUGCUGGUGGUGCUGGCAGUGCUCCCGCUACCGGUCAUGGUUCUGGUCACCCUUAG